CCAAACCGAGCCGAGCCGAGCCGAGCCGAGCCGAGCCGAGCCGAGCCGAGCCGAGCCGAGCCCUGCCUUUCCAAGCCUUUCGCCAUGGUGGACGAGCUGGUGCUGCUUUUGCACGCCCUCCUGAUGCGGCACCGCGCACUGAGCAUUGAGAACAGCCAACUCAUGGAACAGCUGCGGCUGCUGGUGUGCGAGAGGGCCAGCCUGCUACGCCAGGUACGUCCGCCAAGCUGCCCGGUGCCCUUCCCCGAAACGUUUAACGGCGAGAGCUCUCGGCUCCCUGAGUUUAUUGUGCAGACGGCAUCUUACAUGCUUGUGAACGAGAACCGAUUCUGCAACGACGCUAUGAAGGUGGCCUUCUUAAUUAGUCUCCUCACCGGGGAAGCUGAGGAGUGGGUGGUGCCCUACAUCGAGAUGGAUAGUCCCAUCCUAGGUGAUUACCGGGCCUUUCUCGACGAGAUGAAACAGUGUUUUGGCUGGGAUGAUGAUGAAGACGACGACGACGAUUACGAAGAGGAUGAUUACUAGGCUCAGGCCUCUCAGGUCGUGGGUGGAAAGGGAAGGCCCUGCACGUCGCCACCUUCCCUCGCCCCCACGCCUCUACUCCAAGAGCUGUUGCCCGCGUUCCCCCUUGUCCUCUGGUCCUACUCCCUACUCUUGCCUUUCUCUUCUCUUCUUUAUCCUCCUGUAGUGCUUGUCUUUGUUCCUGGAAUAGCGCUCCAGUUACCUGCCAUUGGAGCUGGGGCUGCUGGGUGCCGGGACCAGGACCAGGGCUGGGGCAGGGGCGUGGAACCACGCAAUUAUCCACUCUGGCCAUUCCCGGGACCCCUCCCCCGCUAAUCUGAUCAGCGUUCUGAGCCCCAGCUGUCGGCCAGGCCCUUUUUAAAAACUGGUCAGACCACCCGCAGCCCUGCUGCUGCCACUCGUCAGGCCUACAUCUGCCCAGAGACCUACGCUGCUGCUUCACUACACGCAUCACAUCCCACUGAUAGACCACCGCCUUUGACUGACCAACAUAGAAGGUGCCUGAGUUGGCUAAACCUCUUCGGACAUUGAUAUGGACAGCUCACCAACCUCUGAAGGGGCCAGUCUUUCAGCCCUAUUAGUUUUCUACCUACUCCCAGGGUCAUCCCCAGCCCUACCAGAUUGCUGCAGGGACCUGAUGUGCCUGGCAGCCAGAUUGUUGACAUUUCUUUUUACCUAUGCACAGGUUUUAUACAACUGUCGUUUUUCUUUAAAAAUUGCAGCAGUCCCACAGAUGUGUGCAUUUGGACAGACAAUACAAAAAAACAAACAAACAAACAAACAAACAAACAAACAGGCACUCAGUCCAGCUUCUCAAUACUACCUGGAAAAAGCACUGGCAUUCUUUUCAAUAAAUAUCAAGCACUACAAAAACAAA